GUCAGCAAAUAAACUUGACAAGAGCAUGCGACAGUGAUUUUCUUGGGUCUUUUGUGUGUUGCUCAGGAGAUUGAUCGAACAUGUCCAAGGCAAAGCAAGCGGCAUACGCGGCGUCGCCUGCAGCUCAGUCCGGAAGCAGUACAUCGUUCGCUCAAGGCUUCGUGCUAGGCCAAUUGACGCUGGCACUGAUUCUCAUAUUCCUGAUCAAAUUCUUCAUCUUCGGCGAGCCACCGUCAGCGGACAGUCGCGCAGCAACAAGAGCAGCGCUCCGCCGUCAGCGUACCCUGUCGCAUGCCUCAUCCCUACGCCGUCGCUCCUUCUCCGAUCUCCGUCUACGCAAGCGUAGCUCUGCUGCAGUCCUCGCUCCACGAAACAUCUCAUCCGGAGGUGCUGUGCUCACGACGGACAAGAUUUUGGAAAAGACGUAUUACAAUGUGGACGGACACCAGCCAGAAAGCUUGGAUUGGUUCAACGUCCUAAUCGCACAAACAAUCUCUCAGCUUCGCGCAGAUGCUCUGGAAGGAGACGCCGUGCUGACUUCUCUCACAAAUGCUCUCAAUGGCGGACAACGGCCACAGUUCAUCGACGAGAUCAAGGUGACCGAGAUAUCGCUGGGCGAGGAAUUUCCCAUCUUCAGCAACUGUAGGGUCAUCCCUGUCGAUGAGAAUGGUCAGCCGGUCAAGCAGAUGCCGGGCAAAAAGGGCACAAACAGAGGAGGUCUGGGCGAGAGCAGGCUUCAAGCGCGUAUGGAUGUCGAUCUGUCCGAUGUUGUGACGCUGGGCAUCGAGACGAAGCUCGUCCUGAACUACCCCAAGCCUUUCUCGGCCGUCCUCCCUGUCGCUCUCGCAGUCUCGGUCGUCCGCUUUUCCGGCACUCUCUCACUAUCCUUUACUCCCUCUCAACAACCAGAUUCGGGCACAGACGAGUCCGAAUCAUCUUCUGCCAAUCCAUCAUCCUCACCCACUACUCUGACUUUUACCUUCCUGGAUGACUACCGUCUGGAUCUCUCGGUACACUCUUUGAUUGGCUCUCGCGCUCGUCUACAGGAUGUCCCAAAGAUCGCCCAGCUGGUAGAACAGCGCAUUCACGCCUGGUUCGACGAACGCUGCGUGGAACCCCGCUUCCAGCAAAUCGUCCUCCCUUCCCUCUGGCCCCGUAAGAAGAAUGUCCGUGGUGGAACUGAUGAUGUGCCUGAAGAUGCUAUCCUCUCAGACGCCGAAAUGGAUGCAGCAGCUUCUUCAAGUAAGCCUCGCAAUCGAGAGCGCAGCAGGGAGCCGUCAUCUGCUAAACGUGAUCGCUCAAGAGGCGACAAAUCACCCGCUGCUCCCACAAGACCAAAGCCGUCAGGACAGGCUUCACGACAGACGAAACCCGAAGAGUUGAUGACUGAGGAAGAAAGGUUGUUUGCUGCUGGUGAAGAGCUCAGAGCUGCCGAGCAAAGAGAAUGGUCUAGAGAGCGUAGGAGCAGAGAAAGACACAACAAGAAUAACGACGAGACGAUAAGACGUAGGCCGCGGCAGAGUCAGUUGGCAAAGGAGUUGGAUGUGCCAUCAUAGGACGAUUGGUACUGAUGGAUGACUUUCCAUGCAACUGCAGGUUGCUUACAUAUGAGUGUACGAGUAGUGUAAAUAUCAAAAUGUAAUGCUCUUCUCAUGACC